UCUGAACACUUUUGCUAGUCAGGUAUUGCAGCAAAACAUUUCAAAGUAAGAGAUGGGUGGUGACAACAAGGCAAAGCCAAGUUUAAUAUUAUAACAGCAAAUGUUGCAGCAGAGGAGAGUGUAAAAGUUUCUUCCAGACUUUUACAUGGGUGUCAGGUCUAUAUUAUGCACCACGUUCAGGUCCUUUCAUAUUUACUAUAAAUACAAGUUCAUGUUAGCCCUGUAUGGCCUUGUGAUGAUUACAUAAAAGCUAUGUAGGAUUUUGUAUUGAUAUCAACAGUGGAGGGAGUUGACACCAAAUAUGUCACAGCCAUUAUAGACAUGUAUAUACCUAACCUUAGGUAUGAAAAGCCUAUUACUUUAAAAAAUUAAACACAUGCGUACAUACUUCCAAAUGGCAUUUCCUAUGGAACAUGCAUUGAGAACCCAGCUAACGCAUUUCUAAUUAGCCUAGUGACAUACUUAGUACAUACUAAGUACCUACAGGAAAUAGCACACAGUUUCAGAUUGUUUAUCCCAUUUAUGUAUUAGUUUGUCUUAAUUUCCAUGUGUUUCGGCACUUCUUAUAUUUUUUUUUCUGGUUAGUGAAUCCUUGAUUAAAAUAAUUUGCCUACCAACGCAAUUAAAUCGGGUUUUUUUUUUGUGAGGAUAUAUGCAAUCAAAGUAACACUGUCGACUAUUUUGUGCCCACUUGGCUCGUCUCUACUGUCUGGCUCGGUUGCUUAGCAACAGGACGUGGGCGGGGCGAGUGAUGACAGUGGCCAGUUGAGGGAGUGACGGGCGGAGCUUCUUCCAAGACCUGAGGCAAGGGGAGGGACGCGGGACCGGACUCCUCAAACGCCGGCAGUGACUGAAACGUAGCUACGGCUUUAAAGCAUUAGCUGCUGACUUCAUAUUGGUUGCCCCUCUACUCGCCGGUUCACCUGAAGCUUUUGGCCGUGUGACUCGGUAGACGGCUGGAGAAAAUGUCUAACGUGAACUGGAAGCCCUUUGUUUUCGGCGGGCUAGCUUCUGUGACGGCGGAGUGCGGGACAUUCCCAAUCGACCUAGCCAAGACGCGUCUUCAAGUUCAGGGCCAAGUGGGCGACAGCAAAUACCGAGAGAUCCGGUACAGAGGCAUGCUCCACGCUAUAGCACGGAUAGGAAGAGAGGAGGGGCCCCGGGCACUGUAUUCAGGAAUAGCUCCUGCCAUGCUACGCCAGGCCUCCUAUGGGACCAUAAAAAUUGGCACAUACCAGAGUUUUAAACGACUGCUGGUUGACAGGCCAGAGGAUGAGACAUUGCUGACUAAUGUGGCGUGUGGUGUUCUCUCUGGUGUCAUCUCCUCCUCCAUCGCCAACCCUACUGAUGUGCUGAAGAUCCGCAUGCAGGCUCAGGGAAAUGUGAUCCAAGGCAGCAUGAUGGGGAACUUCAUCAACAUCUACCAACAGGAGGGGACAAGGGGUCUGUGGAAGGGUGUCUCUCUAACAGCUCAGCGGGCAGCCAUUGUGGUCGGGGUCGAGCUACCUGUCUAUGACAUCACCAAAAAGCAUCUGAUCCUGUCGGGUCACAUGGGGGACACCGUGUACACACACUUCCUGUCCAGCUUUGCUUGCGGCCUGGCAGGGGCUUUGGCUUCGAACCCAGUGGACGUAGUCCGGACCCGCAUGAUGAACCAGAGAGGUGGAGCUCUGUACCAGGGAACACUGGACUGUUUACUGCAGACGUGGCGCUCUGAGGGCUUCAUGGCGCUCUACAAGGGUUUCUUUCCCAACUGGCUGCGUCUGGGACCAUGGAACAUCAUUUUCUUCCUCACUUACGAGCAGCUGAAGAUGAUCGAUGUGUGAUUGGCAGAACGAUGAGAGUGAAGACGAGACAAGUAUGAGCGCACGCUCUGAGACGAGCUGACAGGACCAAAACCAGGGAAGGCUGGAUGGGGAUGGUUUCUUUAUGGAACCACUGACAGGAAGUUCAUGUAGACCUAUGUUAGGGGCUGUAUGAGAAUUUGCCUGAUUCCUGUUUGGUCUCUUAAAGCCUGUGGCAAGUGUGGAAGGGACUGUGACACAAGCAUACACUCAUCUGAUGUUUUAAAGUCAUACAAAUGCUACUUUAGGCUUAACCACUCAUUUAAAUCUGACAUUGGCCCCUCAGAUCCAUAUUACCUGAUUUAUUGACCGAGAAAUUGGAGAGAAUGGUUGGAUGCAACAGCAGCCCCAAACACUUGUUUAUUUCAGUCAUAAGCUUGUUUUAAAAAUGGCUCUAAUAUCACGAGAAAAACACACAAGUGUUUUCAGUCUUCUACACUCAAAGUGGUCUCCAAAUUGAGUGCCUUAGUUUGUUAUACAGGCUGUUUACGCCUGAGAAUGUCGGAUAGCAACUGACAAUCGCACUGAUCAUUCCUUUUUGAAAAAAAGAAAAAAAUCUGUGUGUGCAUGAGUCAACAAACUUGGACGAAGAUGUGGUGUUAUUCGUUUUUUCUGUAUUUUCUAAAUUGAGAAGAAAGUGUGUGUGUGUGGGGAAAGGUGAAAUGGUUUAUUAUUCCAACAGUCACCAUGAGUAUUUACAGAGUUAAGAGCCAAGAAUACAUCAGUGUACUGUGAUAAAUAAGUUAUAUAAACAGCCUGAAGACCAGUGCGGGCGUGUGGACAGGACACUCAUCACACGCCCUAAUGUGGCGAGACUACUGGUCCCUCCUGCCAGAAAGGGCAGGUAGUAAAUAUAACCUUGGGCAACCGUGGGACAUCGCAGUCCCUGGUUUCCUGUGUCAUCGAAGAAUCAGAGACACAUUAUGAAAGGCUAUGAAAGUAUUAUAUCUCACACCCCUCUUGGUUUAGAGCUGGGACAGAUUAGAAGUGCACCGCCUGACGAUGUUUAAUGCUUGAAGGCACUGACACCACUGCACAUGAUCCACAGUUAACUCCAGGUAUAUUUUCCUAUACUGUAUUUGCACGCUGUAAUGCUUAUCUGUGAGCUUUCAUUGUAAAGAAUGAAUAUGUUGGCUGGCUGUUAUGUGUGAGCUGUCAUUGCUGCCAAAGUGUAAGCCAGUAUAAUGUUAUGUUUGAUGUUGAUGUAAAUGCUGCUAUAGCCCUGUAUAUUUGAAAUAAAAGAGAAAAACCUA